GCGUGGCUGAGAGAGAGAGAGCUGUAUUCAGGCUACUGCUGCUUUUGUUUUGCUCCAUUAUCCAGCAGGAGCUGCUUCUUUUUCCUCCUUCUUUUUCAGCUGCUGGAAACAGAAACACACGGAGAGUAAACGAGUGGAGAGCAGCAUCCAGCAGCGCCUGCCGCAUGCCACACCCGUGAUGAAGCCGGGCUGCAGUCGAUGGCGCGGGGGGAGAGGACGAGCGACGCGCCGCUGCUGCUGCUGCUGCUGGAGCUCCUCCGCCCGGUUCCUCUCUGCGCUCCGGCUGUUUUUUUGCUCUGAAGGUGGGGUUCACCUCCGCGCUCUUCUGCUGCUGCUGAACGCUGACCUCCCCCGGGACUGUAGGACCGAGCUGGGCUGUGCGCCAGGCGAGCACAAUGGCCACGAACACGUCCAGAAGCGCGCUGCCCGGCUAACCUCAAGCGGCUGUGCCCAAUGAGAAGGCACGCAGGAUGGCUGAGAACGAGGCGAACCUAAAGACGGCCAGGCUGUGGAGGGACGCAGCCCUGCGCUCCAGGAAGCUGAGGAGCAGCCUGAGGCAGCUCACGCUCAGCACCAAGAACGACAGCCAGACCAUCACCCUCCCUGAAGACAUCAAGGAGAUCGAGGUGCUCAACCUGGGCAACAACGCCCUGCAGGAGCUGCCAGAAGGACUGGGAUCCACCCUGACCAGGCUGCGCAUCCUCAUCCUCCGCAGGAACAAGUUUGCAGCUGUACCUUCUGCAGUGUUCCAGCUCAGCCAGCUGGUCGAGCUGGACCUCAGCCACAACUGCCUCAAGCACUUCUCGGAGGACAUUGACCUCCUGAAAGGCCUCAAAAAGCUCUGCAUCAGCCAUAACAAGAUCCAGUACCUCCCCUCGCAGAUUGGCACCCUGCAGUGCUUGGAGGAGCUGGACAUCAGCUUCAACGAGCUCCACGACUUCCCCAGGUCCUUCUCCCAGCUCAGGAGGCUGCGGACCCUUGACGUGGACCAUAACAAGCUCCAGCACUUCCCGCCAGAGGUUCUGGCUCUGAGCGACCUGGAGGAGCUUGACUGCUCUGGCAACAAGCUAGAAGGUCUCCCGGGCAAUAUCAUGAUGCUCCAGUCCAUUAAAAUACUCUGGCUGAGCAGCACCCACAUCGUCUCCUUACCCGAGACGUUCAGCGACCUGCAGAAUUUGGAGAGCUUGAUGCUCGACAACAACCUGCUCACAGCCCUGCCGCAGUCAUUUGGUAAACUGCAAAGACUAAAGAUGCUGAAUCUCUCGUCCAACUCCUUUGAAGACUUCCCUCAGGUCGUUCUUAAAAUCGCUCGCUUGGAGGAGUUGUACUUGAGCCGAAACCAGUUGUCUUUUCUUCCAGAAGAAGUGGGCCUGCUGUCUAACCUCGCUAACUUGUGGCUGGACAACAAUAGAAUAACCUUCCUUCCAGACUCCAUCGUAGAGCUGGAGAAACUGGAGGAGCUGGUUUUACAGGGUAAUCAAAUAGCCAUACUCCCAGACAACUUCGGUAAACUCGCCAAAGUCAACAUUUGGAAAGUGAAGGACAAUCCUCUCAUACAGCCUCCGUAUGAGGUCUGCAUGAAGGGGAUCCCUUAUAUUGCUGCCUAUCAGAAGGAGCUCGCACACUCUCAACCUGCUGUUAAACCAAGAUUAAAGCUUGUUCUGAUGGGGCAGAAAAAUGCAGGGAAAACUAGGCUCAGGCAGUGCAUCGUAAGCAAAGCGCUGGACGCCAAGACGAUACCUGGUGAUAGAGGAAUAGACGUGACCAACUGGGUAGCGGACUUGCAUCGCAGUCUCACGUUCAUCGUGUACGACUUAUCAGGGAAGCAGAACUAUGACCUCAUCAAACCCUUUUUCCUCUCACCUGGAGCUCUGUACAUUUUAGUGGUCAAUUUAAAGGCCUACACGUGCAGGACCUUCUACUCCAGCGUGGGGUAUUUCCUUCACCUGCUCAGUGCUAAAGUACCCCACGCUGUGGUGUGCAUUGUGGGCACCCACACUGACCUUUGUGAGGAAAUGGAGCUGGAGGAGAAGUGCUUGGACAUCCACAGACAGAUCUCCCUGCAGGAGAAGAGAGACAUUGAUUGUCUACAUACACUUGCUGUGCAGGUGGACCAGGCCCUGGAGCAGGGCUACGACGUCCGGGCAUCCAGCCCUCACGUACUCUUUUACGGCGUCUCGGACAAGAACCUGAGACGCAAGAAGGCCCAGCUGCAGUACAUGUUGAACAAUCGUUUGCAGAUUUUGUCUCCGGUGUUUUGCGUCAGCUGCACGGAGGCACAGAAAAAUGUCCAGCGCUUGAAAGAGAAGCUCAUGUCGGUUGCUGACCACCGGCAGAUCUUUCCUAAUCUCCACAGAGUGCUGCCAAAGUCUUGGCAGAUGCUGGAAGAGCUCCACUUUAAGCCAAAGGAUCUGUGGCUAUCUUGGUGGGACUCGGCCAGGUUGGGCCUCCAGGCAGGCCUGACCGAGGACCGCCUGCAGAGUGCCCUCUCGUACCUGCACGAGAGUGGCAAGCUGCUGUACUUUGAGGACAGCAUCACUUUAAAAGAAUAUGUCUUCCAUAAUCUGCCACGGUUCAUCGCCAUCUUGAAUGUCUUCUUUCAGAAGGACCUCGCAACGAUGCUGGAAAAGCUGCACUUGGAGGAGGACGGUGGAGAUGUGGAGAAUAAUGCUGCCGCCUCUGCAUCUCAAAUGCAACAUCACGUGGAAGGCUUCCUGUUGCAUGGCCUUCUGCCGUCCAACAUCAUCCGCCUGCUCCUCAGACCUCUCGUUCAGACCCAGCAGGACUUGCACCUCAUCAUGGAGCUGCUGGAGAAGAUGGGGGUUUGCUACUGCAUCAAUAAACCUCGCAGCAAGCCACUGAACGGGGCCACUGUCAUGUACAGGUUCCCCAGUUUGGUCAGUAAUGAGGAGUCCUGUGCAGAACCCUGGCUGAACGGGGGCUCUUUGAUUCCAGGGCAGUUCUUUUCUGUAGAACAGCUGCAGAUAGAGUACAGCUUUCCAUUUCUCAUCCCUCCUGGGCUGUUUACACGCUACAGUGUGCAGAUCAACAACCACGUGGUGCAGCGCUCUGAUGGGAGGCAUUACAUCUUCGCUUACAGGGGGAAAGUGCCUGUGAUGGUGAGCUACAGGCCCUCACGGAACAGACUGCAGCCGGAGACACUCGCCAUCUCUAGCCAUGCAUCUUUGCCAAAUAUCUGGACAGCUUGGCAAGCUAUAACCCCCCUUCUGGAGGAGCUGAAUGUUCUCCUGCAGGAAUGGCCUGGGCUGCAUUAUUCUGUACAUAUCCUGUGUUCCAAGUGCCUGAAGAGAGGGUCACCCAACCCACAUUCCUUCCCAGGUGAGUUGCUGAGCCAGCCUCGGCCCGAGGGUCUGAUGGAGAUUGUGUGCCCGAAGAACGGCUCUGAGCGGGUGAACGUGGCACUGGUCUACCCCCCCUCCCCCACGCUGGUCAGCCCCAGCCACAAAUAACUACCCCCCCCUCAGCACUAAAACCCCUGUAAACACUGACCCCACACACCCUGCUGCACCUCUCAGCCUCCUGCACCACACACACACACUAAAAACGCCCAGCCGGGUCACAGUGUGUGUGUGUGUGUGUGUGUGUGUGUGCAUUCUGCUUCUACUUCCUCUUGUGUGCUCGGAUGACGGCAGCUGGACAGGAUUCAGCCGGCCACACGGCUCACGAGUACGAGGACAAUCAAACACCACACACUUGUUAAUCAGCUCUGACUGCCAGCUCUCCAUGAACUCACAGUGUUACAGUAUUGGCUGGAACUAAAAAUCUCCUGUUUAAAGGGAAUUUCUCUGAGGAGCUCGUUUGAUUGGAGAACAGCUCGACACCAGUGACCCACCCUGAAGUUUCAUCAGAUCAGUCUGAGCCUGGAUUACCUGCAGCUUCAGCCACUUCCCACCUGUUUCAUCACUCGGCAUCUUCUGGAUUAAGAAGAGACAGCAGAGCUUAUUUUAAAGAUGAAGAUGAUGAUGAUGAUGAUGAUGAUGAUGCGUCAUGAGGGAUUCCUGUGUGUUACAGAUGUUUUAAUAACUCAUAUGUGCUUUAUAUGGCAGCCUGUGUGAGAGGAAAGAUAAUAGCAGUAACAGUUUUGUAUGAUCAGGUUCCUCCAAAUGUCCACUAAACCUAAAACUGUAGGAAAAUGUGCUUAAAAAAUAAUGUGUAAUAUAUAUAGGGGUGGAAAUCACAGGGCAUCUUACGAUAAUACGAUAUUAUCAUGAUCACGAUACUGACUGUGUCCAUGAUAACGAACAUAUCACAAUAUAAUCUCAAUAUAUCAUUAGACAGUGAAGAGGUUAAAAUACUCCUAAAUGAUCAAAUACCAGAAAUUAUUAUUUAUUGGUGUUUCAGUUUCACACAAUUUAACGACUAUAUGAAUAUUCUUCACCGCAGAUUUACCCGAUUUGAUUGAUUUUAGACUUCAGUACAUCUAAUUGGAAGCGUAGAGCACCUUUGUUUCAAUAGAAAUAUCCAUAUUCGACAUAUAUAUAUAUAUAUAUAUAUAUAUAUAUAUAUAUAUAUAUAUAUAUAUUAAUACUAUACAAUUACAAUGUAGCAAAUGUAGCAUUUCUAGCUACAUUUAAAGACUCUUUUCUCUCAUAAUUAUGAGAUAGUAAGUCAUAAAUAUGAGAUGGUAAGUCAUAAUUAUAAGAUGUUAGGUCAAAAUUAAAAUAUUGGUGUACUAGGUCAUAAUUAUGAGAAAGUAAGUCAUAAUUAUGAGAUGCAAAGUGAAAAAUAAAAAAGAUUGGUAUACUAAGUUAUAAUUAUGAGAUGGUAAGUCGUAAUUAUGAGAUAGUAAGUCAUAAUUAUGAGAUGCUAAAUCAUAAUUAUUAGAUACUAAAUCAUAUUUAUGAGAUGCUAAAUCAAAAUUAAAAUAUUG